CGAGAACGUAACUUGAUCCUCUAACAGAGGUACAAAUAGAGCGACUGGCCGAGCUAGUUACUGCACAUCAUACAUUCGUUUUCUUCUCUGAUCAUGAAGCUGUCAUCCCUUGAACUCUCCUUCCUCCUCACCAGCUCGGUCACUGCAGACUUCCUGACGGCAAGGUCUCUCAAUCACGACCGUAAUGUCGAGCUGGGCGAGCUCCAGGACGUCCAAGACUUCUAUGCAACCCUGGAGCAAUCCUCCUUCUGUAACACCCAGAACGGUUCGUUCGUCUGGGAGGACAUUACCGAGUUUGAGACCCUCGACGAUAUCGACAAUUCUGCGCUCGAGCUUGCGGGCCCGAACUUGGACCGUGGACACAGCCUUGUCUCCCGCGAGGACCAAUGCACCGAACUCACGGGUAUCACGAGAAUGAUCUGCGACAAUAUGCCUAGCCGCUGGACCUUCUGGGCCUUUGGCGGGCCCCUGAUCAUUUACUAUGCCCCAAGGUUAAUGACCAACUGGCUCAAUAAAAACACCUGGGCGGAGACUGACAGUGACGCUCUGCAAAAGGACAUCGCGGUCGCAAUCCAAGCAGGGAGGAACCUGCGCCGGGUCUGGAGAGAUGGCUCCUCGGGGGCCAACGGGCUGACCCCCCACGACGAGCUAAGACGGACACUGAACAUGAAAGCCCGCGAGGAUGCUGUCGACUACCACUUUUCCCUGCCGUACCUACUCGACAGGCAGGGCAGGCCUGAGGCCAAUAGUUGGAGCCUGUCGCGGCGAUCCGGCGACAGCGAGGGUGUCGAUCUGGCCAUGUUGUCUCACGACUACGUCUUCAGCGAGACCGACCAAGUCCUCUACUACAAAGGAACGAGGGGGACCUUUUCGUUCGGCGUCCCCGAGGGUAAAGACAAGAGCCCUUCUCGCAACAACACGCUCGAGCUUGAGGCACGCGCGCCGACACACGACUACACGAUCGUGAUGUCGGUCAUCAAGCGCAGCACUGCCAAUACCAUUGCCAAGCCCAGCUGCAUUGCGAAGCUGUUGAAGUUCCACAUUGACCGCAGCUCGGAGACGAACCGCUUUGCUUGCCGACCAAUUGAUAACAAAGGCAAGUGGCACGCAACAAUGCACCUGAUGAUCAACCGCGGGAAGCGAAACCGGGGCACUGCGCGCACCUGCUGCGACUAAGGGGCUGACUGCAAGUGAGAGGUGGCAUAGAUGGCCAUCGGGCUAGCAUAUAACCAACACUAUUAUUGCUGCUACUGCGGUAGCAGAGAGUGGCGCUGCAGAUAGAAGUAACCACUCCUUGAAAUUUAGAGUAGCGUUGAU